AGCCGCAGGAAAACGUUUGCGCGUUGGAGGCAGGAGAACAGAAAGCGGCGCAGCGGAGUCUGCGCAGUGAGUCUGCGCAGUUCGGCUGCUCGUCAGUCCGAAGUUUCGGGAGACGCGCCGAGGAAGGAGGGAGCGAGCAGCGCCAUUUUCCUGACCCUCUUCCGUCCAGAUCAGGACCGGGCGCUUCUUCAGGGCGAGGAAACCGGACUCUGGACCAGAGUCGGGCCAGCAGGAACCUCAGAAGAAGAUCUAGAGGAGCGGACGAGGGGGAGGUGGAGGUGGAGCCAUGUCGACCUCAUGGCGUGAGGAAGAUGAGGAGUAUAAGGUGGGAGGAGCAAAAGGAGGGCUGAGAGCCAAGCCGAGGUUCUCCUUCAACGAGGUGCGAGUGCUGCUGGAGGCCGUGAAGAGGAACAGAUACAUCAUCCUCAGGAAGUUUAACCAGGGCGUGUCGGCUGAGACCAAGAAACAGACGUGGUGUGAGAUCACCAAUCAGAUCAACGGCCUGGGAGAGAAUCACAGAGAGGUGCGUCAGAUCAUGAAGAAGUGGGCGGACCUAAAGUGUGACGGGAAGCGACGUAUCGCGACCCUCAGGGGCCCGAACGGCAGCAACCUGAGGAAGAAGAACCUGGGCCCCGUGGAGAAGAUGGUGCAUAACAUCCUGCUGAUGAGUCCCAGUGGGGACGGUGACAGUGACCAGGAACCUGACGAUGACGAGGAGAUGUCAAAGAUUUACCCUAAAGGUCUGGCGUCCAAUUACUCCUACCUCGGUUUGACGGACAGCUCCCACUCGUUACCUGGAGGAGCCUCCUACGACAUGUCUCCUCUGUCCUCACCGGAGAAGGAACCUGGCGGAGAUCCCUUCCAUUCCUCCUCCGACUUUGACGUGGAGCUGGGAGACGAUGGAGAACGAACCAUGGACUUUGAUGAAAAUGACGACUCCCUGUUGUCCUCGCCUCCCGCCUCUCUGGACCCCCUCCCUGACAACGCCCUGCUGAGGGUCAAGCCCGUCCACACCUACUCCCGAAACAGCCAGAACCACAGCCAGAGCCACAUCCAGAACCACAUCCAGAACCACGACUACUCCAGACCGAUGCCGGAACCCUCUUCUUCUGCAGCCUCCACCUCCUCCGGUUUCCCUUCAGCAUCUGGUUCAAAGGCUGCGCCCACUGCUGCACCUCCUUUGUCGCGGUCCCCUUCAAGCUCCAAAAUGACUGCCUCCAUCCUCCCUAGGCCCCCCCCUGCUUCCUCCGCCAAUGACUCUACCUCUGACCUUGCAUCCUCCUCAUCCUCCAUCCUACCACCUUCUGCUCCACCUUCUGCUCCUCCUCCCGCUCCCUCAGCUGCAGUCUCCUCCUCCUCCUCCUCCGGUGUGUCUGCGCCUGCUGCUCCUUCCUCCUCUGUCCACCGCACCUCAGGCUCAAACCCGUGUGACCCUCUGCCGGCUGGAGCGUCCUCUCGCAGCUCCCAGGACAGCGUGGGCCAGAUGGCCACUCAGAGCCUGCAGCAGCAGCGGGCCAGCCGGAUGCUGCUGACCUCCAUGUCUCAGUCUCUGGAGGUGCUGGCUCAGUCCGUGCAGCUGCUGGUGGAGAGCCAGCAGGAGUUUGUGCAGGAGUCUCUGCUGCUGCAGAGGGAGACGGUGGACGUCCUGAGGGACUUCUCCACCGCCGCGCUGACGAUGCUGAGGGACAAAGGCAGCAGUGGACUUCAGGCGCAGCAUCUUGACCCCCCCCCUCGCUUCUGAAACACGCAGAGGAACAAACUGUGACGCCUUCAGGAGCCGAGUGCUGAACAUUCUUCCUUUGUGUUGCUGCUGGUUGUGAUGAGCACCUGCUGGGUUGAUCACUGGUUCAAUUAGUUUAGAGCUGAAGAUUGACUUCAGCUACAGGAGCCCACAUGGACCAUUUUAACUGUAAAGUUGAACGCAGGAAAUUCACUUUAAAAAGGAUGAAAUGACUCCGAGAUGAACGGAGAUGAAUCGACCAACUUCUGCUCGAGCGACGGAUGAAUCAAGUCUUUCAUGGAACAUUUUACACUUCACUUUGAUGCAGUGUGUGUUCGUCCUGCUCGCUGAGACACUGCUCUCUGUCUCCGACACAAAUAAAACAUUUAAUUUAACAUAUAACAAAUCUUUGAUUCAGAGUUAUUGAGCCUAACGAUGACAUUUAGUAGAAACAAGUUUUGGUUGAUGAGCGAUCAGGAAACUUCAGAGAUGAUUUAAAAAAAUUUUUUAAAGAGCAGAAAACUUCUAUUAUGCAGCAAAUGGAAGGAGGAUGAACAUCUGUAAACAUUAUAACUAUUAACAGCAGAUAAACGGACAUUUUAAAGCAGGUGUGGUUUAAACUGCUGCAGGGGAUGGACCCACGAACGAGGUGGAAACAAGAAUCUUUGGAUUUUAUAACGUAGAUUUAAUGUAGAAUCUGAUGGAGCCACUUCCUGCAGGAAACUGUCCGACCUCUUCCCCUCAUCAAACAGACGUCUCAGCCGAACUGUCACACGAGGAUGUUUCCUACAAACAGACGCUGACAAUAAAGGUUUUAUUAAAUAAAAACACAAA